GGAUGCAGAGUUAACUGACAGUCAGGCCUCCUGAAUAAACCCUUGCUGUGAAAGUGACAACCAGAAUUCUUUUCAAAUUUUCAUUUUUUAAAUAUUUUUGAAUGUAUUUCAGGAUCAUUCUAUUUAUUCCUCCCUACUGUAUAGUCAUCAUGUCAUAUGGACCAGCACGCUCACAGCAUGCUGACAUGUCAGUGUCAUGUGACCGCUGUGCCCUUUCCCCACGUCCGUCCAUCUGCCUGGAGGGGGGGGGGGGGGUGCUGACCACGGUGUUGUGGUCUGUCUGCUGCUUCACUCUGACACCUGCCCAGUUAAUCCUGUCUGAAUUUACAUACACCAGAAUGCUGUCUGUCACGUGACAGCGCAUCACAUUCAUGCUGAGCCUGUUGUUAAUUUUGGAGGUGAGAGGCACAGCGAUGAAGAAGCUGCUGACUGAAAAUAUUCUGAGGUAAAAACUAUGAGCAGAACAAAUGAACAUGAAUGAAUGAUGAUCCUGUAACAAAGUGUCUCCCCGCAAUGAGCCAGUGAGUAAACAUGCAGUAAUGCCCAAACUUUUGGGUCACUCUGACCUGGCAGCCACACUGCCUGAUAUUUGUACAGCACAAUAACAGGUCAUUCGUCAUGAGCACAGCGGAGCGCAGACUGAACAAGUGUCAGAUAGGACUUCUGCCCAUGGGUGCAGGAGCGCAGCAAAAGCUCUCUAAGCGUCGCUUCCCGGCUCUGAGGAUGAGGCACACCAUGCGGCGCUUCUCCCGGCCCGCCUGCCUGCUCCUGGCCUGCCUGUCCCUGGCCCUACACCUUCUCCUGGUUGUCAUCUCCUUGUCGGUCCUCCAGUUGACCUGUGACCCCCUCCCUGCUCUCACCCCCAAAGCUCCCAGGAUUUUGCCUGAUGCUGGUCUCACCACCCCACGGGCUGGGCUGGCAAAUCCAGCUGGAGUCUUCUCAGGCCCUCUAACUUCUUCUGGGCUGGGCCACUCCAAACUAGCCGCCCUCUUUGAGCACCCCCUGUACACUCUGCCUCGGCCUGCACUGCAGGAGGACGACCGGCUGCUGCAAGUGAAGGCACGGCUGCAGGCCAGUGAGGUGGACAGCUCACAGGAGUGGGUGAGCGACAGCGAGGAUGGCUAUGAUGCUACCCACUGGAAUGACAGCGUGAACUCCCACCCGCCAUGGCUGCGCUUCCACUUGGGCAUCUCCCGCUGGGAGCUGUAUGACGGGCGGGACCCCGCCCUGCCCGCCCUCAUGGGGCAGCUGGCCGCGCACCGCAUCGUCAGCGCAGUGCAGAAGCCAGGAGGCACGCAACUGAAGCUGGUUAUGUCCUUCCCCAAUUACGGCCAGGCGCUCUUCAAACCCAUGAAGCAGGACCGGAAUGAGGAGACGAACCCCAACCUCUUCUACUUUUCUGACUUUGAGAGACACAACGCUGAGAUUGCCGCCUUCCACCUGGACAGGGUGCUGGGUUUUCGGAGGAUUCCCCCGGUGGUCGGGAGGCUGAUCAAUAUCACCAAGGAGAUCAAGCAUGUUACCACUGACCGCAAGUUGGCCAGGACCUUCUACACCUCCCCCGUGGGUAACGUGUGCUUCUACGGCCAGUGCUCUUACUACUGCUCCCCGGAGCAUGCUGUUUGCGGCUGCCCCACUGCCCUGGAGGCCUCACUGGCUGCCAUGCUGCCCGACCUCUCUCUGGCUCCCCGGCGAUCCUGGAGAAACCCCUGGAGGCGUUCAUACAGCCGCAGCAAGCUAGCACAGUGGGAGAAGGAUCCAGACUUCUGUGGCACUGUGAGAAAGACUCCGCCGUACAACAAGGGCACAAGACUGGUGGACCUGAUUGACAUGACAAUACUGGAUUUUUUAAUGAGUAACAUGGACAGGCAUCACUACGAGACCUUCGAGAAGUUUGGGAAUGACACCUUCAUUCUGCACCUCGACAACGGACGGGCGUUCGGACGCCAUUCCCGGGAUGAGCCCUCCAUACUGGCUCCCCUUCGGCAGUGCUGCAGGAUCCGUCGCUCCACGUUCCUGCGUCUGCGUCUCCUGUCACUGCCACAAUUCCGACUCAGCGAUGUCAUGCGAGAAUCCCUCGCCCAGGAUCCCCUGGCCUCAGUGGCCCCCCUCCUAACGGAGCCCCACCUCAUCGCCCUGGACCGACGCCUGUCCACCGUUCUGCGGGUAUUGCAGCAGUGUCAGCAGCAACCCAGCACAGCAGAGGCGGUCAUCUUCGACGACCUGGAUUCUCACUUCGCUAACAGUUUUGCAUCCGGGCUGCAAAAAAAUACUUCAAAUGAUCAAGAGCCUUGGCGCUCAUGAGAGACAUCAUUCCAGAGGUUACCGCUAAAUUCUGGAUACUUACUCUAAAGCCCUAUUCAGACAGGAUUCAGUUAACAUGGGCAUGUAAUGUAACUGAGGCAAUUACAGAUAAAAGCCAUCAUUUUAAUCCAAUUCAAAUUUGGUAUGUUUGUAAUUA